AUGUCCGGUUUAGAUAUAGAUAUCACUAUUAUUCUCGGUAACAAACAAAGACCGUUGCCCAAACCCUUUAAUAAUCGUCCUGGAUAUGAUAUGAAGUAUUUUGUGUCACACAUCAACAAUUAUCAUCCUAUUUAUUAUGUUGAGAAAAUCUUUGAUAUCGAAAGAUCAUAUGACAACUUGUCUAUCGUAAAACGGGAUGAAAAACUUAUUCAAUGGGCAGUACGAGUUAGAAUCAAUCUUCAAGAUUUAUCAAAAACGGUGAUAUCUCAACUCAACGUUGAACCCGGUUGUUUCAUUAUUCAACAGAAAAUACCUGAUAGUAAUCAAGUUUUUCGAGUAGUUAUAGGCGAAGAAGAUAAUUACUGGACAAUAAUCACUUUUUAUAUUUCAUCCGCCCGUCGAUACUGGGAUAAAAAUGUAAAAAUUUUCAACAAAAUUACACCGAACAAGAAAGAUAAAAAAGAAUUUUCGACCAAACAUAAUGAGCAUGAUCCUGAUUGUAAAGACAGUAUACAUUUAAGGUUUAUUGUGGAUUCCGUAUACUAUGACGAUUCAGAUGCAUUUUUGGUAUACUUUACUGAAGAAUCCGAUGACAUUUGUGAUGAAGCAACUGGUUACCUCCUUGUCUGUUUUAAUAAUCUUGGCAAAAUAGCAUCAAUUCGUAUAGCAUCACCAUCAAAGCAUAUCCGAGGGAUAUCAAGCGAGGAACCAUCCUUUACACUCAAUCCUACUUAUGACGAGGAACGUGAUGUAUUUAAGAUUAAUUUUACAGAUUCUGCUCCCAUGACCACGUUCAAAAAAACUGAAGUUGAAGAUGUCGAGCUGGAAAUAGAUAAUGAAGGAAAUCUCGUUACAUUGUUGUUUCAUAAUGCCAGUAACAAAAUGUCAAACAUAUCAAAAACAAGUGCAUAA